ACAGCACGUCAUUCUACCUGGAGACAUUCCACGCGAUUACCGAUUCUCUACGGACAUCACUAACGUAAUCAUGAAGAAAGUGGUAGUUUGUCUCAUUUUGAUGAGUCUUUUCACGAGUGGUUUCUGCCGCCCUACUGGUAUUAUCCAAACGCUAUUACAUUGGAAAAAUCACGUUAAGGAAGCCAUUCAUGACGUUAAACACAGUAUAAAAGAAGCAAUAUUUGGUGUUGAUCAUGAAGAGAAUGCACACACCCUGUCUUUAUCUAACGGAGAGAAACUCAAGGAAGCUUUGCGUGAAGGUGGAGCUUCGAUAGCAGAGUUUUUGGAAGAGGCGGAGGAUGUAGGCGAAACGCUCCUGACUAGCGUGCUGGCCAGAUUUAAAGAUGGCGGCCAGCUGGAGGCUCUGAAGGAAACCGCUCAGAAGUGGAAAGACAUCGCGAAGGAGAAGCUUAGCGAGUUGGGCAACUUAACGGCAGAUCAGCUCGAGGAGUGGCGUGCCGCUGCCAGCGACAAGCUGAAGGAGUGGACGGAGGACGCCGGACCGCAGUUCAAGGACUGGAAGAUGAAGCUGGAGAGGCUGGGAAUCGUCGCCGACGAGUCGGUGAUGGAGCUGAGGGGUCUCAUCGACGAAGCCAUCGAGAACUGGGAGGCGAUGAAGGUGACGAUCGGCACUAACUCGUGCACCGACGUCAGCUACAAUCACAACAUACAGAUAUGCUGCAAUGGAAACGUCUAUUCCAAGUUUGGUUUCAUCACUAUUCACGCGUGCUGCAGAGAAUAUUUGUAUGACAUCUUCUCUCAGCAAUGCUGCUACGGUCAGGUCCUCAAGGAAAAUGAGGAGUGCAAUGAGCCAACUGAACUGUCAGAUAGGAAAGCACAAUUCGAGCAAUAGACAUCCUACCUAGUUUAUGGGAUCUGUGGAUAUAAUUGUCAUCUAUUUCAUGUUAUUGUGUAAACCCAUGUCAUUCAAAGACGUACGCGCACACACGCACGCGCGCACACACACGCACACUCACACGCACACGCACACGCACACACCCACACGCACACACACACACGCACACAUGCGCGCAUACACGCACGCACACACGCACACACACACACACACACACGACGAAUGAACGAUGAACCAUGAACGAAUGGCCGAAUUGGCGAAAGAAAGCAAAUGUGUGAUAAAACAAUACAAAUUGUCCAUUAUCCUCCAGUUUCAGUUCACACUAUAAAUUUGUGUGCGUUCAGACUAAUAAUCACUGCAGCCAUAGCGAAUUGAGUGAAUCUAAAACUCUCUCCCCCUCUCUCCUUGUCUUUUUCACUACUGCACUUAUUUGUCUAUGUAAUAAGACUAGACCGGGACAUGUAUUAUCCUGAACAUAUGUAUAUACCAUACAUAUGUUCAUGGUAUGAUAUGCUAGUAUAUAUACAAUAUAUAGAUUGAUGAUCCUGCGAAAUGAUACAGCUUUGUUGUUUGAAUACUGUUUCUAAAUACAGACAUGUAAUUUAUGUACCAACUG